CCACAUUUGGUUUUGACAACACAUCAAGCGGGAGCUCGUACCGCCGCCUGGACACGGCUUGGUUGCUUCCCCUGCCUCGUCCUCAAUCCCCUUCCGUCCUCCCCUCGUCCUUUUCGUCCUCCUGCAGCCGGGCACUCGACCAGCAAGCGAGGGGACCCAGCACUGGAGGGCUGGGCUUGCUUCUUGCUGGGCUUGCUUCUUACUGAGACACCCAGGCUCAGUCAUGUCUCUGGCAAAUCUGCAGCCACUGCCGCCGCAACAGUGAGCAAUCCGAGACAAAGCCGCAGCAUCAGGGGACCAGCCAGAGACCCCCAAUCAGAGAAACCCCGCCGUGCAGCUACGCGUGCCCAGCUCUAGCUCACACACUCGCCGCGCCGCCGCGCCUGCUUCCCACGCCCGCGCAUACACCCAGCGCUGCCGCCCUCCUUCGCUGGCGUGCAUGGCAGGUGAUACCACUCGACGGGAGAGAAAAUAGCAAGAAAAAAAAAGGAAGAAUAUUUUUUUGUCUCUCCUGCAAUUCCCUCCCCCAUCAUCCCACGACGCAACGCGCCCCCCUUUUUCCCACCCCCUUUCCUCCUGGGACCGGCAGGUCCUCGGGGAUUGGAUGCCGCCACCAUGCAGAGUAUAAAUAACAGGACACACGCCCGCGGGCCGCCCGAGCAGAGGCUCGCGCCCGAUGCGCGCAUGGUCAGCGCCGUCGCUGGCCGUGACUGUGGUCCUCCGUCAUCGCUCUCGCCCAGGCUAUACAGGCCCUUCACUCCCACCGCCACCACUGACCCCUCAUCGUCACGGGCAUAUCCUGCAACCCCCGGCCACCCUCCGCUUCGCAGCGGCGCAGCCGGCAUCGUCUUGAGGGCAUCACCACCACACAAGCAACGGUCGAGCUCCUUAUCUUCAACUCGCCCGGCGACGACGACAUCGGCGUCAGCUACGAAGCGUGGACCCCUGCCACCUUCGUUCCCGCUCUUCUUCGGCGCCGGUAGCAACCAAUCGUCUGCAUCGAUCGCGCCCUCGACCGCCGAGGUCAGGCCCGCCCCCGUCGACGGUGGCACCGCCGCCCUGCGCGAACUGAACACAAACUUCCCCUCCAACGUCUACCGGCACAUCUCGGCCAAAUCAUCGGGCGCCCAGAGCAAGACAUACUCGCAGCCCGUCAUCGUGAGAACGUACAACGGGCCAUACGGCGAGGGCAACAAGAACCGCAACAAUAGCGGCAGCCGGCCCGUCACGACCCGGACACCUCUCCCGGUGUCCUCGGACUCGGCCAACGGGGCCAGAGCGGCUCAGACCCCUGGGCAAAUCCUCGCCGGCAAGGAAAACACUGGUGAUAGCAGCAGAAACGACGACAGCAGCGACGGCAGCGGCAGCAAAGAGAAUAGUGUAGUGAAUGAUCUCUGGACGUCGAACAACCACCCCUCAUCCAAGCCCAACAUGCCGCGUCACCACCCUCCUGCACCCAAAAAGCGGGGGUUUGGGCUGAUGCUUCCCUGGCAGCGGGGUGACUGGUCAGCCGGCGAUGACGGCAAUGGCCUACAUAGCGGAGUGGCCACGGCGGAAAGGCCAAAAUACCCUCCCCUCGAAGCCUUCACCAUGAAGGGGAUCAUACAGGCGGAACGGUUUCAGCAGAGCGAGCUUGAUGUCUCGCUCGACCAGAUCGCAGAGCUGUAUGCCCGGAGCAGGUACAGCUUGAGUAAUCAGUAUGAGGUGCACGUGACGCCUCACGGCUCCGGGAUGGGGUUUGCCGAGCCCGGCGGAACUGCUGCUGUCGGAGUCGGUCGCAGGAAAGCGGGGAGCGCUGCCAGUACCACCGGAGGGUCGUACCACCCCGGCAGUCACCGCAGCGGCAGUGUGCGAAGGUACCAUGGCCACCAGCUGAUCGGCCCCACACUACAGGCCACGUGGUCCGAGGACGAGGCGGAUGAAGCGUCGGUGGUGGCCGCGUCGGUAUCCACCACGGGCGUGGCGGCCAGGUCACAGCGCAAGCGGAGGGGUGCUGGCGCCGGCGGCCAGAGGAGGAAGAGUGCAGCGUACGGAACGCUCGAGACUAUCAUGUCUAGCAGCCGCUCGUCAUCCGAGGAUAAGGAGAAGAAAAAGUCGGCUUCGGAGCUGACCGAGGAGGUCCGUGGGCGCGCCGAGCGUGCCGCUGGCAAGUAUGGCGAAGGCGGCAGCGCAGCCGCUGGACAACAGACAGAUGUGCCUCAAUCAGCAGCUGGUGGCAUCAAUGACCGUCAACUGAGCAGGAGGGACGACGAGAGCACAAGCCAGCAAGCAGCCGCCAGCGGCGGGUCUCCUACAAGGAGAAAGGGUUCGGCCUCCUUCGCCCACGCCGUGAUCGACAGCUCCAGGUCGCGGCAUGACACAACAUCUCCCAGGAGCUCGGCCUCGGCGCUGGUCAGCCAGCCAGCGCUGCCGCAGACCUCGACUGGCGAGGUGGAGAGCCGGACGACUGUGACCCUGGGCACCGGGCGGGUGCGUGAGCGUUCACACAAUGCGCGGAGUGCUGGCAGUGGCCGCAGGCAGCCGCAACCGACGCAGCUCCGGGACGGAGUCGAAGCCGCGACCGGCAUCAUUGUCGUGGGGAUGGCGGCCCUGCCGGCAGCACCUCGGGCAGCUCGCAGAAACAGCCUCCUGAAGCAGGAGCCCGUCACGGCGGUCGCCGCGACGGCGGCGACGGCCCAGGACCCGCGGGCGGGCGGCGGCAGCGGCCUGCUCGCGGGCCUGAACGGCUGGAUCCCCUGGAGAGGGGCCGCCGCGUCCCAGCCAUCCCAGCACCAGCAGCCCAGCGCGGCCACGGAUGGGCUGCGGGACCUGCUCAAGAGCGUGGACAAGAAGACCGCCAAGGGCAAAGGGGUGGAGCGGCUAGGCUGAGCGGCUACAUUUCGCCCCUCGCCCUCCGCUAGAAUUUUAGCGCUUGGUUUUGUUUGAUGACUUUGCCACUUUUGGGUCCUCGUCAUGGUGCCGAGUCUACUCCCUCAUCGACCGCUGAGAGCUGGGAUGCAGAAGAAAAACGCGUCCCAGGUCGGUCUGGUGUUUUGAUCUCUAGGUUGGCUUGCAAUUUCUUUUGUCACGAACUAACGACUCCAUGACGGCAUUUGUGGGAUCUGGGAGCAUUUGCAAAACUUUUUUUUGGGGAAACGGAACGCCCCCAUACCACGAUCACAUCCAUCGUGGUUGGCAUUAAAGGUUGAGAGUGUUAUUCUCUGCGCAGCAUGUUUUGCCCAUGUAGGCUGGGUAAUAUAGUCAGAAAGGUCGGUCGCAUCUCUGACAGAAGGAGGACAAACUGUAAAUGUGCAAAAGAAAAAGGUGGGUGCGAACAAACAAGCUGUUGCUGACUAUAGUCGCUCUUUAUGGGCCCUGCUUCGUGUUUCGUUGAUGCUGCCUAUAAACCACAGAUGACAACUAGUCGACGUGAUUGUGAUCCAGAGAGCCAAAAAUCAGUAUUACAAUGUCUCUUUUUUUCAUCCCUUUUUGGUUUUCCAGGUUCCUUGUUUCUUUAUGUGUAGACCGAAUGUGGCCACUCUGAUGGAG